AUGUCUAAACUCGUUCCUCUCACCGUCAUCAAGGGCGCCGGCCACGAAUUCAUCCCUCUGCCCCAGGGCGAGAACGCCACUGUCGCUGACUUCCAUACCAUCCGCACAAAGACCGAUGCCCCCGCUCACAUCACUUCUGGCUUCUACAAGAUCGAGGCUGGUCCUGCUCGUCCUGCACACUAUGACUUUGAGGAGAGCAAGUAUGUCUUGAGUGGUCAGAUUGAUGUCUUGGAUGAGGCUACUGGCAUUACGCAUCACCUUGUCCCCGGUGACUUUGCUUUCUUCCACGUUGGCUCCAAGGUCAAGUUCUCUACCCAAUCCCAGGGCUUUGCAUUCUACGCUGUUACUCGACCUGUUCGCGCGCCUCAUCCCAACCUGAAGGGCCGCGAGGAGGACACCAAGUCCCGCCUGUAA